AGCGCACGUACACGCGCCCGUUCUCAACAUCGCGUACCAUAACAAUACAAGUACGUAAGAGUGUAGAAACUGCGAGCCCGUUUUCUUGGAUUACUCAUCCUGCGGGUGUGCGUGGUAACGCGUGCCGAAGGUGCCGCAUACAGUUGAGUGACAGUGUGUGUGACGUGUGUUUGUGUACAUAGAUUAUUAUUAAAAACAACUUAACCUCGUCCAAGCCCGGACGGAGAUGUGGGUGCAGCUUUUUUCGAGUUAAAAAUUCCAUGAGUAAGUGUACGUAUAGAAGGAGUGCGAGUGCGCGUGUCAAAAGUGAAUCGUGCCAGUUGUUAUCGGCCGACCGACAGCAGCAAUCGAUUCAUGUUUACGCAUAGAGGAAGUGAGCGCGCGUAAUAAUACAUGCGUGGGUGUAGUGCAGCAGGGCACUCGAUAAUCGACAAGAGCAGCAGCAGCAGCGAGACUGGGAGCGAAAGAGAGAGAGAGCGGCGGCAGCGGCGGCGGCAGGUCAAACUGGCUGCUGCUCGAGUUGUCCGAGUCUCGAGGAGAUUUGCCGCCACCGCAGUUGUCUCCUGCUCUACCUGACUGCCCUGUGUGUCUGUGCGUGUACGCGUACCUGCAUAUCGGCUCGCGCGGAUCGCGCCGACUUAUACUUACACAGGAGCCGAGAGCACGAGUGCGAUUGACCGAUUAUACCGCUAGGCUGGCCUGAAUCCAGAGCGCCAACGAGCGAGCCAACGCAGAGCCAAUAGCUCUCUCUCGCUUUUGCAGACUGCGAGUACUACUACUGCUACUGGCUGCAAGCGAGUUGUUCUCUCUCUCUCUCUCGAGUGCGUUCAUCUAUCCGAGCGAUUCUUUGACCUCGAGAGAGCCUGCGCUGUCACCGUAGCGGGAAUCCGAGGAAAAUAGCUGCUGCAUCUCAACGGUAGGAAGCGAACGAGAAGAAGUGGCCGCUGCAUCAUCAGUCAUAUUUACGGAAGAGGCAGAGGUGUGUAUUAUGGACGAGGAAGCGACGGCGCUACUUCCCACGCACUGCUGAGAGCGAGAGAAGAAAAAAACCAUUUCACCGCCUAUAUAAGUACACCCACGCGGCCACGAGUGCAUCGGCAGCGACGACGACGACGACGACCAAGAGCUCUCGCAUAUUAAACGCGAGGCCCCCGCACCAGACCAGCAACCAGACGAGAACGAGGAGGAAGAAGCCAACCGGAGCUAUUAUUUACACCACUCAUUUUCGAUUAUUACGCGGCUCGAGAGCCGCUGCGCCGAGUUCACAGCGCCGCUGCAGGAAGAUGGGCGCAGGCAUGAGCAGAAGCGGCACCGUAGGCGGUAGCUUCCUCGAGGCUCUGCCCUCGGGCACACCGCUCCACGUGGCCAUGCUGGGCCUCGACAGCGCCGGCAAGACGACGGCCCUCUACAGGCUCAAGUUCGAUCAGUACAUCAACACCGUGCCCACGAUAGGCUUCAACUGCGAGAGGGUACGAGGGACCGUUGGAAAAGCCAAAGGAGUCAACUUUUUGGUCUGGGACGUCGGCGGUCAAGAGAAGCUGCGGCCCCUGUGGAAAUCCUACACACGCUGCACCGACGGCAUAAUCUUCGUGGUGGACUCGUGCGACACGGAGCGACUCGAGGAGGCCAAAAUGGAGCUGACGCGCACGGCCAGGAGUCCCGACAACGCCGGCGUGCCGAUACUCAUACUUGCCAACAAACAGGAUCUACCAGGUGCCAAAGAAGUCGAAGAACUGGAGAAGCAACUGGGCGUGCUGGAGCUGGGCAUACAGCCGGGCAGCUCGUGCAUCAAGGUGCAGCCGGCCUGCGCGAUCACGGGCGAAGGCCUCCACGAGGGCCUCGACAGCCUCUACCAGCUCAUAAUCAAGCGGAGAAAAUUAGCCAAGCUGAACAAGCGCCGAGCGAGGUAGCUAGCUCGUCCGAUCAGCGGCGACUGUGCCUGCGUCUUCUGACAUUGCACCGCGGCGGCCGCGGAGCCCGACCGUUUCAAGGCCGCCACGGCCCUCGUCGGUCCCGACGACGACGACGAGGACGACGACGAGGGACACGACUACGGCUGCGUCAAUCACCUGGCAUCGCAGCAUCGCCUGCAUCUGCACCGAUGAGAGAGAGAGGCGGAGAAAGAGAGAGAAUACGAUUUCGUUUGUGCCGCGCGCCUGCAUAACGUAAGCGAGCGGGCAUAAAAAUGUCCAGGCGGUCCGCGUCAACAAACCUGCGUCGUGUCUUGGCAGAAUUCAAAACUCGUUAUCAUCUUUCUCUUGCGAUUUACGAGAAAGUUCCGUACCGCUGCAGAUGAGGCUGUUUUAUUCGCGUUGCUCAAGCUGCAUUUUUUUCAUUUGUAAUUUUUUUUUCAUUUUCAAAUGAAGAGAAAAACAAGCUUUUUCUCCAUUCUAGUCUGUACAUUCAUAAAAUACAAUGAUAUGAUUUUGCGUUAUUUCUCACUUCCUUUUUUUUUCUUUUUUUUUUACACGAUAAAGCGAAACGCACACGCCAUGGAAGACGCUCACAAAAGUAUUUUUAGUUCGUGCUUUGAGGUCGUUAUAGCGGAAAAUUCUUAAGCGUUCUAUGCGAGAAUACUGACGACAAUAAGGUCUGAACUUCAACUAUGUGUGUUUAAUUUUUUUAUUUGUUAUCGUUAGUUGAUUCAACUUUGUUUUAUAAUGUCAUGCGUUUCUUCUUUUUGUUUACUUUUAGCUUAGUAUUCGUGGGAGUGCCUGUAUGUGUGUGCGCGAGUAUCUUUCGUGCGAGGAAGAAGCGCUUUGUUUAUAAGUUUUAAAAUUUUUUUACACUUAAAAUAGUAUUUAUUGUAGUUGAUUUAGUAAGUAGGUGUUUGUAUUUAUGAGAUCGCAACAGUUUACCAAUAUUGAUUUUGUAACAAAAAGUAUAUUUCAUGAUACAAGACGACUGAAGUUUUGAAAAACUUAGUAUUGAAGGGAAGCAGUGGUCGAAUGCUAGUCGAUCAUCAAAAGAUCGUUCACUAUGUAUUUUAUCGCUUUACGUGCGUAUUGUUUAUCUAUUACCAUUGUCAGCAUUAUUUGUUGCACAUUUCAUGUAUUAUGCUUAUUGAAGUCAAAGACGCAUAGUUUUAGAAAAUAAUAAACACUUUUUUUUACCUGUUAUAAGAAAUAUAAAUGUUUGUAAUACAUUUCUCCGAUACAAAAUAAAAGUCAAACCUUGGUGAAAUAUGACCAAUGUUGAAUUACCUUUUGCCUAUAGCUGUAUGGGCUAUUUAAUAAAAGAAAUCGUACAAAUCCAAUAAAUAAACUUGUCAAAUUGAAAAUUUCCGGUAACAAGCAGACGAAAUGAAAAGGACGAUUAACAAUCUGAUUAAGAACGCAAGGAUACGUGCCUGUAAUAAGUUUCGCGGUAAACAUGGUAUAGAUAAAAUAACGAAUCGCCGAAAAAUAGAUGCAUCUUAAUCUCCAUUCCAUUUCGUAUCUGGUAAAUACCAAAUUUUGACAUGAAAACGUUAAACGAAAUUAUAUGAAAUAAUUAUAUAACAAAGAGUAUCUUUGAAAACAAAAAAAAACCGUUGUUGUUUGUUUUGCACCUCGAUGUCGCAUAUAUCAAUUAUAUGCACUCCUCGAGAGUCAUUCUAAAUUUUAUCGUAAAAAGUGCACAUCCCGUUUUGCACUCAUGACCCGUAUACAUAAUGAAUAUACGAAUAUAUAAAUAUAUUUACUUGAUAAUUGCCUAAUCAAUAUAAAUAAUUAUAAAUACGAUACAGAUAGAUUAUGCUUACGAGAAAUUAACGAAAUAUAGUGUAUCCUGUACUUGCCCUUGUUGUGUUUUAUCGUCCUUGUUGAUGUGUUUCGACAUUUUAUUGUAAAAAAAUGAUAUGAGAGAAUGCAUGAAAUUGAACUCGUUCAAUUUCAAAUUUUAUUUAAGUAUACAUACAUGAAUGAUGUAAAUAGAAAUUUUAGAUUUUAAAGCGACUUUAUCUUGAAAUAAUUACUAUCAAUAUCUAAUACGAAUGGAAGUAAAAUUGCUUUAAAGACUUGACAAAUAAGGAUAGAGUCAUUUUUUUAUAAGACAAUUUUUAAGAAUCACGUAAGUCAGCCUAACAGCGUGAAUCAUUCAAAUCGAAAGGACAUAUUGGAUUUAUAAUGAAUUUUGAUAACUCAUUGCUGUAAUGGCCGAAAGCGUCGAUUCAGCAAUCGACGUAAUUAUCCACAAAUUGUAGAUGUUCCUCGAUUAAAUGUCAUUGUGUAUAAUUAACUAUUGUAAUAUGCGAAAUCCUUGACGGAGCAUCAACGUUUGACUUGAUAAUGAAUAUAUGUAUUGUAACGCUUUUUGUCAAAGAUAUAUUGCAUUAAAAUAUCCUGUGCUUGAAAUCCGUCGAAACUAUUAUGAAAGCAAGCGACUUUUAGCUUUUUUAAUCAGAACUUUUUAGACAAUUCAUACGGUGUACUUUUUAAAUCUGACGAAUUACAAUGUAUCGCACAUAAAUUUUUCUAGUCUGCAGUCAAUCAGAAACUUCAACAAAGUUGGUUUUUAUCUUAGGUGGCGCAAGUAAGUCAGUAAAAAUUUGGUCUUUGAUUACUUGGCAUCGAAUACAACUGAUGAUGAUAUAUAUACUUGUGUGUGGUAAAAGGUACGGUUCUAAUGAAGGAGUUUGAAAUGUCGCAUCUAUACACAACGAUAAACGAUUUUAAGACGAAAUUUAUAGAAUAUCAUUGUGCUUAGCUCGGCUUGAUCGAUUUAAAAUAACUGUUUGCUAAGAAGUCAGAGCAGGCAGCCAAAAUGCUUUUUUAUUGUAAAAAAAAUAUAGCAAUUUCUCGAUCGACGUGAGAUAAGGAUAAGAACUGUAAAUUAUAUAAAAAGAUGUUGAACAAGAUUAAAAAGAUGAUGAAGAAUAAAGAGUGAAUCACAAUUGCUCGUGCACACUAUAUGAAAACAAUCAAACACACAUUGAUACAUGCAACAAUUAUGUUGUACACCUUGCGCAGACACAAAUAUUAUUUGUAUAAACGCACGCACAUGUGUAAUCAUUGUAAUACUGUAAUGAUGCUAUUAUCUUAUACAUAUAUCAUUAUUAAAUCA